GGUAAUGUAACUGUUCAAAUAAAGUAAAGUUGCUGUAGGUAACAACCGUUGGGAGAAAUUUUCAUCAGUGAAAGUGGCGCGUGUGUUCGUGGUCCGCUUUUAGUAAGUGGAGCAUUAGCUGGUGAACUAUUUUUGUUUGCUGCUAGAUUUCUCUGGUGCAUCUAUCACUCGGUCGGUUGCAUCUAUCGGUCGGUAGCUGCAAAACGCAUACGCGGGUCUGUGAAAAAUCAAUAACAUCAUCACACCUGAAGCGGUGCUCUCCCCAGUUCGGUGCAGUGGGCUGAAACCUGACGAAGGAAUUACGAAAAGCAAAAAAGAAACAGUUUGUUUUCAUCUGGGAAGGUGAUAAUUUUGAUAACAAACAUCCAACCCACACUGAGCAUCACGCCAUCCUACGCCCCUGUACUACGCUUCUCCCGUUUCGUUAGACCAUCCCGCCGGAGGAACACCACAGGUCAAACUUAGCACCCCAUCGGCCUAGCGGACAACCCAAGAGUGGCGAUUAUAGAUCCCCAGGAAAACGAGACGGUUCUCUUCAUCGCAAAGUGCGUAAAGACUCGCCCACAAUGAAACCAUACGAUAAUGGCACAUUCGCACCGCGACAUUUUGUUUCCGAAUGGGAGGACAAUGUGAUGUUCGAUGCGGACGAUCCCGACUUUUCGGUCGGCGGUACCGGUGCGGCGAAUGUUUUAAUGCGCUCGACCACCGGAUCGCAGCAGUUAGCCCGGCAACUUGUAUCGACGAAUAUGACCCGAUCGGUUACUACCUACUACGGGCUUAACUCUGCCUCGGUUGUGUCGAAUUUGAACCAGCUAAUGAAAGUAUCUUCGAGUGCGAAGCUAUCAGCAAUCAGUAACAGCGCCAGUAUGUCGGUGGCCAGCGUACAAGCACCCCAUCUAGCGGAUUUGUGCAGCUCUCUGAGCGGUACCAGUUUGAGCAUGUCGUCGUCGCUGUCGGAUCUGGUCGGCAGCCCAUCGCUCGGUGCCGUGUUCGACUUCCACUCGUCGGAUGCGGUGCUUACGAUCGAGGAACUGCGCGAGCAGCUUGGCUCAUGCUACACAUGCGGCGUGUCCUGGACCGAGGAUCAGGUAUCGCUCGAUUGCAGUGAAUGCGGCGGUUACAGCCUAGAGCGACCGUGCCUUAUCUGCGAAGGCAUCUGCGGUCAGCUGUGGAAGCGUGAUUUCACCAUGAGCCACGCCUGCGGUAAAUCACGCUGGCAGGGUGUGUGCACCAAAUUCCCGGCGCAGAUGAUUCAGCUGCAGUCAUCCGCACCGCUCAGCAGUUGUGCCAGUUUCGGUAGCCAUCACCAGCUGACGGGUUGUGCCGCGGCCGCCAACAAUGGUGCCAGCACUGCCAGCCAGCAACAUUUCCUGCAGCAGGAACUGUGCGCCCGGCUGGAGAAGCUUUCCGCGAAUGCGCACUCGUAAGGCGCGGGCAUCCUUUCCCGGGCUCGGUUGGUCCCGCGUGCACCGCGUUACCGGUUUUGUUUAGGUGUUAAUGCAGGAAGAAGAAACCCCCCCCCCACCCCCCUGACGGAGGCAUAUCCGUGUUAGAUGGUAGAAGCCUCUCCAGUUAAGCGUGGCAUUGUUUUCCUCGAAGAGUGGUGGAAUGUUUCCGCCUUCCAUAGCGAGGAGAGAUAUGCGAACGUGCAUAUGAGUUCCUACUGAUAUUGAUUAUCAAACCGGCACUGUAACACAGAGUGCGAGGCGGUGCAAGGGAGCGUGAAUGAGAGACAGAGAAAACUAAGGAAAGGCAUGCUUCAAUAGUCCUGGAAUAUGGUUAGGAUCAGGAUCGCAUUUGAUGUAUAAUACUGUAUCCUGCUUUUGAUUGAUUUCCUCAGGCCUUUCGGCGAUCGUAGUAAGAUUUCAUCACUAGUGAUUAGCUUUCUUUCCCACGUUUUUUUUAUACGUGCAGCAAAUAUCAGAUAUAGCUUCAUCCCAAAAUUAUUAGUCCAAAUCAUCGUAAUGAUGACCCCCUUUCUAAAUCAUGUGAUAGAAUUCGCUCAAUCAAUGAUUAAAAUCAGUGGUGAACAAAAAUGAAAACAAAAAAAUACGACGAAAACGAGAGGAAACUUCUAUCAAUACCAGAAUGUGUACCGUACGUUAUUAGCUUAAUUAUGAGCGGAAUGUUUUUCUGUGAAAAACAUUAAAUAUAUUAUAUCGCUAGGAGUAAGGGAAAAUCACCAUAGAGUAAUGGUAAAAAAAGAUGUGCUAGACAGAAUAUAUGGCGUGUAGCAACGCCUCAGAUACAGAGGCACUAAAUGAUGGUAAACAUUAUAGGAAUAGACGUUAUCCGUGGCAGCUGCAAUGAUUCUCUUUGGCAUUGCACGACACUACCAAACUGAACAUCUCGGAUAUCUCGGAAACGUAGUGAAACGUGAGAGAGCGCGUAAAGUUUGAUAUUAAACGAGUUAUCCAGCAUGUUUGGUACGGUCACCACCAAUUGCACACAACAGCGCACAAGGCGCGGUGUUUUAUUUUGGUAGUUCAACGUAUAUUUACAUCAGUGGUUGCGCUAGCAUAUGCAACACAAACCUUGCAGCUUAAUUAGGCUUAAGGUGUUCUUAUUAAGAGGAACCAUAUUCGGUCGAAUGUUAUAAUGGUUUUGUGUUGCUUUGUGGUUUUGAUGAUGAAUGGAAAUGUGGCGGAAUCGAAAAUCGCAAACAAUAAAACAAACUAUACUAAA